ACGGCGCGCGCUUUACCAAGCAUCCUGCCAACAGCAUGGUUUCCCCGAGCGAACAUGGCUCUCCCGUUAUCCGUCGGUAGCUGCAUCCUCCUCCUCAUCUUCGCAGUUUCUGUCUCGGCGAACAAUGCAUCUUCGCUAAAGGUCCCGUCUCCCUGCCCGUCUAAGCCGUGUCAAAAUGGUGCAACAUGCCAAGAAGCUCCCGCAAGCUACCUGUGCCGCUGCGUUUCUGCCGUAGCAUCCAGCUCCGAGGUGCAGUGUGAAAAGCCUAAUGACCUGUGUCACCCCACGCCAUGCCAGGGGAAUACCUCCUGCCGCUCUUCCCCUGGCACCUCCGGGGAGCUGAUGUGUCAGUGCCAGCUGGGCUCCUCCGAGGGUUCGUGCGAGGCUCGGGUCCAGCGCUGCGCCCGCAGCCUCUGCGGGGAUGAGGCACAGUGCGACAUCCAGGCCCCUCCCGGAGGCAACCCCGGCUACUCCUGUGCGUGCACGGAGGGUUACACGGGCCCCCGCUGCGAGACGCUCGUGAACCAGUGCGCCUCGAACCCGUGUCGCAACAGGGCCAUCUGCCGGGUUAAGGCAGACGGGUAUUCCUGUUACUGUGUGCCGGGCUUUCAGGGCAAAAACUGUGAAAUUGAGGUGAACGAAUGUGUUUCUCAGCCUUGCCAGAACGGCGCUACGUGUAUUAAUAAGAUCGGAAGGUACGCCUGCCUCUGCAAGGAAGGCUACACAGGUACGAGCUGCGAGUUACAAAUCGACGAGUGCCAGUCGCAGCCGUGCCUCAACGGAGCCAGUUGUCACGACGUUGUAAAUGGCUUCUCUUGCACGUGUGCCCCUGGUUUCCGGGGAGAAUUCUGCGAGAUCAACAUCGACGAAUGCCAAACCCAGCCUUGCCAGAAUGGAGCCGUGUGCACUGAUGGGGUAAACAGUUACAGCUGUGACUGCUCUCAGUCGGGCUUCACGGGCGCGAACUGCGAAAUUCCCACUCCGCCGUGCACGUCCCGGCCCUGCGCCAACGGCGGCCUGUGCCAGGAGAGCCGUGGCAACUACACGUGUGAAUGCCGGCCAGGGUACCAGGGCAGACACUGUGAGGUGGAUGUCGGCGAGUGCCGCAGCAGCCCGUGCCUCGCUGGGGGGCGCUGUAUUGAACGGUCCUGGAAGGCGCUCUACGGCAGGGAGCCUCUGCUGCCAGAAAGCUUUGACCCCCGGCGAGCCGCUGGCUUUGUGUGCAAGUGCGCACCGGGACUGAAAGGCGCUUUGUGUGAAGAGGACAUCGAUGAGUGUGACUUGCAGCCGUGCCAGAAUGGCGGUAUGUGCGUAAACAGUCAUGGAGGAUACACCUGCCACUGCUCUCAGGAGAGGCGAGAUGGACUCCUGUUCGGAGGGGACAACUGCACGGAGGUCCUGGUGGGCUGCGACGCUCACGAGUGCCAAAAUGGAGGCGCUUGCUUUCCCUUCCUCGGUGCCGAGCAACACGGCUACAGCUGCAGCUGCCCCCGCGGGUUCACCGGCUCCAAGUGCCAGACGUCCACUACCUUCUCCUUUGAGACGAGCGGCUACCUCCGCCUGGAGUCUCUGGCGGUCGGCGCAGAGAUCUCCUUCAACAUCGCGUUGACUUUCAAGACGGCGUUGACCGACGCCCUUCUCUUCCAGCACGGAAACGGCGACGUUCUCGCCGGUCUGCAGCUGGUCGACAGCCGUUUGCACCUGGCCUUGUGGAGGGACGGCGUCUUGUCCGCAGCCCUGGAGCUGCCCCACAAUGUAACGGACGCGGAAUGGCACUCUGCGGAGGCCCUGCUGGCCGGGGGCACCCUGGAGGUGAGGAUCGCGGAUAGCUCCUGCUACGAAUACUGCGGGAGGAAGGCUUUGGUGGGGAGCAACUGGACGGACCUGGACGACGGCUUCCAGAGCACCUUCGUCGGGGCGCCGGGAAGCGAUACCUGGCCCGCGGGAGCUCCGCCUCCUCACUUCGUCGGUUGUCUGCGGGAUGUGUUUGUGGACUCCCAGCUCGUGGUCCCCGAAAACUGGCUCAGCGAUUUCGCUGUGAACGUGACUGCUGGGUGCAGUGACGAGGACCGGUGCGAGGGCGAUCCCUGUCAAGCUAGGGGGCGGUGCUUGAACCUGUGGCAGAGCCACCGGUGUGAGUGUCGCAGGCCAUACGAGGGCCAGGACUGCUCGGAAGAAUACAUCGCUGCCAGAUUCGGGAAUGAAGACUCGGAAAGCUACGCCGUUUUCUCGGUUGAUGACAGUCCCGGGCCUCGCAACGUCAUCUCCGUGUUCAUUCGCACUCGGAAACCUUCGGGACUUUUACUGGCUCUCUCGAACUCCACGAGCCCGUACCUCACCAUCUGGCUAGAGGAGGCGAAAGUAAAAGUGCAGGUUAAUGGCUCAGGGACUCUUGAAGGAGAGCAGAUUGUCACCGAUGGGAAUUUUCACCUGGUCACCGUCAAAGUGGAGGAGAACCAAGUGACCCUCUUUGAGCCUGCUCACAAGCAAGGAGUCUCCAUCCUCGUGGAAAAUAUGAGGGUUGAGCCUGGAGACAGGGUUCACGUGGGUGGACUGGCAGACCGCCAUGCCUCUGCCCGUUUUGGAGGCUACUUUAAGGGUUGCAUCCAGGAUGUGCGGCUCAACUCCAAGCGCUUGCAGCUUUAUCCGAUUGCCGCACCGGUGAGCUCCUACGCCCUGGAUGCCAUGGUUAACGUCUCACGUGGUUGCCCUGGCGACGACGCCUGCGUCAAGAAGCCGUGUCGUAAUGGGGGGACGUGCCACCCCGCGUGGGACGACUUUGAGUGCGCCUGCCCUCCGAACACGUCAGGAGAGCUCUGUGAGGAGGUGGAGUGGUGUGCGCUGUCACCCUGUCCACCUGCAGCGGUCUGCCAGCCCUUGGACCGGGGUUUUGAGUGCGUUUCUAACGCGACGUUUCGCGACAGCAACAGCGUGGUUUCCUACAGGAGCAACGGCAAAAUCUCGCGGAAGCUGACCAGCGUCUCCUUCGGCAUUCGGACUAGAAAACGGAACGCGGCCGUUCUUCACGCCGAGAAGGGGCCCGAGUUCCUCACGGUGUCUGUGCAGGACUCCCACCUGUACCUGGAGCUGCUCAGCGGAAGUGGGCCCCUCGCGCUGAGCGUGAGGGGCCCCGGGGCGGUGAGCGACGGAGAGUGGCACUCGGUGGAGCUCUCCAUGGCGGCGCCGUCGUCGCACGCCUCUCGGUGGACCGUGUCCGUAGACCGAGAGGCAUCCACAUCCAGCGCCGCCGCUGGAAACCUGGACUUCCUUAAAGAUGAUGGGGUGGACAUCCUUCUGGGGGGCCUGGGCCCAGGGGCGGUCGGGAACCUGGCGGGGUGCCUGAGCACGGUGGACAUUGGCGGCAUCGCGCUGCCACAUUAUGGCUCCGGCGAGCUUACCGUGCCCAGGCCACAGGAGGAGCAGUUCAUCAAGACGUCCACGGAGCCCGUUGCGAGCGGCUGCGCGGGGCCCGGCGUCUGCCUCCCCGGCCCCUGCUUGAACGGGGGCACCUGUCGCGACCUCUUUGACGUCUUCGCCUGCACUUGUCCCCCGGGCUGGACAGGCCAGCGGUGCGAGGCCAGCGCGGACGCGUGUCGCUCCGACCCCUGCGUCCACGGCAAUUGCACCUCCCGGUGGCCAGGAUACAAGUGCGCUUGCGAUGCGGGCUACGCCGGAACCGACUGCGAGGCCGAAGCAGACCGGUGCGAGGACCACAAGUGCGCUAACGGCGCUACGUGUCUCCAGGGCGUCAAGCGGUACUCGUGCCUCUGCCCGGAGGACUACUACGGGCCCUACUGCACCGAGCAGGUCGAAGAAGUUCCCUGGUAUAUAGUGAAGAUUCAGCGUCCCAGACUGCCGGUGUCCGUUUGCGGCUAUGAACGGAAGAACUACACCUGUUUCAAUGGUGGGAACUGCUCAGAGACCCCAAUGAUGUGCGACUGUCUACCAGGUUUUGUCGGUGACCGGUGCGAGGUAGAGAUCAACGAAUGCAUCUCCAAUCCAUGCCUGAACGGUGGAUACUGUCGAAAUUUGAUCAACAAGUUCCACUGCAACUGCCCCUUGAGCUUCGCCGGGGAGGUGUGCCAGAUCGACCUGAACGCGGACAACCUGACCACGGAGCUGCUGCUGUCCGCCUGCUUGGUGUCCGCGGCCCUCUUCCUCUCCAUCGUGGUGGCCUCCGCCGCCCUCGCCGUGGCCGCGAAGCGCAGGGCCACCCGCGGCACCUACAGCCCCAGCAGGCAGGAGAAGGAGGGCUCCAGGGUGGAAAUGUGGAACAUGGUACAGCCUCCACCCACAGAGAGACUCAUCUAGUAAAGAUCUGUCGGCGUGUCCGGCGCAUGGCGGUGAGUGUCCGCGCCGCGGCCCAGCCGACAUUUUACCCCACCGUUGAUGUUAUUGACACUUAACCGACGUCCUCCAAUUUUGAACACAAAACCGAGGCAGAUUUUUUUUUUUCCCCUUUUUUCUAAGGUAGCUGCAUUGCAGAUGUUAAAUUACGAUUCGUCAGUAAGUCAAGGACCGGUAAUACUACUGCUCUGAAUAUGUGCCAUUUCUACAUUAAUUUACUUCUCAAAGGGAAAAGGGAUGAACGUGUCAGUUGUAUACAAAUGUCCAUUUCCAUGCGUUACCAUGUAGUAGGUUUUGUGUUAAAUAAGUUUGUUGUGCAGUUGAUGUCAUGAUGUCUUCGUCGAUGAAUCGUGCAGCUGAGCUUGUGUACCGAGAGAUGAUGCCGAAUAACUUGUUAGAAUGAACCGUCUCUGUUGU